CAACGGAAAUCAGCAGAGGCACUUCGGACCCGUUAAAAAUGUGCUCGUGUCCAGUGACUGUCCUCUCUAUCUUAGUCCGUGAUUCCGGUCCAUUAUAUCUUUAGUUCGUGAUAAUUAUCUAUCUGAGUGGUUACCACGAUUUAAGAUAUAUUUAAGGUAUAUCUUAAAUCGUGGUGGUUACUAUCAGGCCCAUGCAACACCCCGACCACGUCGGUCUUAGAAGACCGUGAUCUUAACAUAGAACCAAAAUUGUAUGUUCUAUGAUCUGAGCCCGAAGGGUUACAAGCCUGAUCCUCGUUUAUCUAUAUUAUUAUCAAAACUAAAGAACCGCAUUAAUUCAGUUAUAAUCUGAUAAGACUGAUUUCAGUAUAAUAAGUUAAUAUUUAGUAAAUUAUUUGCGCUUCACUUUAUUAAUAUUAUUGAUGUAAAAUAGCUUACUCUUUAAGAUGACUGAUGAUAAUACAAUUGAUGUUAAAAAUAACUUUAAUCAUCUGAUUACUGAAGAAAAGAACAAACACACUGUGUAUUGCACAAAAUGCCCAUCCAAGAUUUUGUCAUCUACAAUGGGAAAGCAUUUAAGAAUCGAAUUCAAUCUUCCGCACAUGUCUCAAAAAAAAAAUUGUGAGGCUGUUGAAUGCGAACUGUUGGCGGAUUACUGGAUGGUUCCAGAUAUGUAUAUGUUUGAUAAUAUUGGAUUUUCAAAGACUGUUGAAUCUGGCAUUAAAUAUCUUAUAUGUGCUGACUGUGAAAUUGGACCAAUUGGAUGGUAUGACGAUAACACUAAGCAAUCUUAUGUAGCACUGUCAAGAGUGAAACACGCUGAAGAUUCGUGAUAUUUGAUCAAAUUUGAUUAUUGACUAACAUUCUAAGAGUCAAUUAGUAACAAAUUGAACUCGUGCACUCAGCAAAUCAGAGUGGUCAUCAGCAUGUUAUUUUAAUGUGAUUUUAUGAUUGUCUCUACAAUAAAAAACAGGCUUCAGCGAAUGAGUUGUGCAUAUGGGCGUGGUUUUUGUUCCCGUGGCAGUGCCUGAUGCUCCGCCGUGGUGGAAUGGCGUCUGAUUUCCGCGGAACAAAAACUGGUCGCCGCCAAAGUCUGUACUUGUUUGGAACAGAGUAUAGUAACCAAUAACACUUGAUGGUUAUCUAUAAUUUGGAUUUAAAUAAAUCGUAAUAAGUGGUUGACCAUUCUAGUACAUACUAAAUUCAAUAUAGGUAGGUAUAAAAAAUUAAGAAUAUUGUUUACUGGAUACAGAACUAUAGAUUAUUUGCACAACUAGAGGGGAUGCAAAAGUUACUUUGGCACCUAUUGUUUUUUAGGUCUACGUACAACUAUUAUUAUUAUAGUGAAAUACCAUCAAUUUUAUGUUUUUAAAUUAUUAAAUAUUUACCGAAAAAAUAAAUUAAAACAAUUUUGGUCAUAUCUAAGACAUAAUAUUAAUUUGUUAUAAAUUAUUACAUAGUUCUAUAAUUGACAGACGUGAUUAGCAAUAAGAUAAACAUUACGGAUAAUUGGAUUGCUUACUAACAAUUUUUAGCCAAUUGGUCGCAUAAAAAAGCAGUACAUAGAAGUACACUGUGGUGGACUGUGUUACCAUUUGCUGGAAAAUAAACCCUCAUGAGUUAUAUAUUAAUUAUUAAUAUCUUAUCGUUCAAUACUUAAUAUAUUAUUAAUAAGAAAAGUAUUAUGACCUAGAGGUAUAUAAUAUUUUGUUUUUAUCAUUAAUAUGAAGAAUGUUAAAAUGUGUAUAAAAAGUUUUCAAGUAUCGAUUAUUGAAGAUUUUUAGACUCUGAGCGGAGCAGUGAGUGUAUUGAUUUUACUACGCGUUUCAAUUUUUUUUAUUUGGGUCUGUCUUCUCCUUUUAGGACAGUAAAUAUUAUUAGAUUCUCUUCAACAGCACCUUUUCUGAUAGGAAAGUGAAUCUAGUUAUUAGAUUGGAUAGUUAAAAGUAAAAAUUUCCCAGUAGUUUUCUUAAGCACCGAGAAAAACAAAAGAAAAAUUAAGGAAAAACAAGGAUUUUUCAUGCAAAAUUGAUUUUGGUUUUUGGUGUAACUCUAAAACAAAUUACCUUAGGUAAAUGAAAGUUAAAACUAAUAUUUUCUAUACACCAUAAAUUUUUAUAGUUUUUUUUAUUAGAAAUGUAAAUAAAAUUUAAUUCAUCAAGUCAUAAAGUGUGAAAAAGUAAUACUAGGGUCUUCAUAUAUUGUUACAAUUGCAUAACAAUUGCAGCUGACCAGUCACUCCUUGUUAGGUUGUUGGUUACGACAAUUUAAAUGAAUAUAAAAUUAAAUAUAUUUUAAGCCUUAUAAUUUUACAAAAAUAUACACUAAUAAUCAAGUAAGCUGUACAUGAAAAUAAUAGUUGAUACAUUCUUUUUUUUAUAUACUUCCAUAAAAUAUGUUAAUAUGUUGUUAAUUUUAUAUUGUCAUUCCUUUGCAAUGCAC